AUGGCAUACUACGAAGAAGAGAUGAAUCAGAGCUAUCAAGACGACCUAUCCGUCAUCGAUCAAGGUCAACGUUACUAUCACUUCACACCGCAACACGACCUUCAACCCGACUUUUCUAUCGUUCCUCUCUUCCCUUCCCUUCCAUCUGAUACCCCGUCUUACGACACGGCAAUACUUUACGCCGAAGAGGCAUUCGCCGGUUUGGACGUGGACUAUUUUGCAAACGACGCGGCCGCCACAAUGAAUUCGUCGACACCGUUUUCCGCAACGGGACAAGGUGGUGCCAGCGCGCAGGUAGAUCCCUGGUUUUACUUUCCUACGCCACCAGGCUCUGAUUUCCUAGGAAGUGAGAGUAUUCCUAGCGAGACUUAUUUGUUCAUUCCCGGUCAGAACUUGCUUCCCGAGUUUACCAACCUGGAAAUUUCUCACCCUGAUAGCCCUGACCCCUGGUCAACCUCGUGCUCCCCAGUUUCCAGCACAACAACCAGCUGCACUACUCGUCAGACAUCACCAGUCGUCAAAUCAAAAGCAUCCAAGGCCUCUCUCAAGAAACGUAAGAGAGGUGCCAACACCAGUGCCCGACAGACCAAGGCUAAAGCUACCACGGCGCAGCCCCAGACUCAAUGUCGUGGGAGUGAUACCCCCAGUCCCCAACGAGCACUUCAAGACCAAAUCCUGCUUGACGGCAAGAAAAAGGGUUACAGCUACAAACAAAUCUUGAAAACCCACGAAUUUGGCAUCGCGGAGUCAACACUCCGAGGCAGAUACCGCCACUUGACCCAGGAUGCUGUGCAGAGAGUCAGAAACCCACAGUGGCUCGAGUCAGAUGUAACUCUUCUUUUGCAGGCUGUCCCGCUAUUUCGUCGACUCAACGGAAAGCCCAAGGUGUUCUGGGAGUCUGUGGGCAAGUAUAUACUUGACCAUGGCGGUUCGCGCAAGUUUUCUGGCAAGACUUGCCAUGCCAAGUAUACGGAACAGACUGGGAAGCAUUGGUGA